GGAGAGGGAGAGGAAGAGGGAGAGGGACAGGGAGAGGGACAGGGAGAGGGACAAGGAGAGGGAGAGGGACAGGGAGAGGGACAGGGAGAGGUAGAGGGACAGGGACAGGGAGAGGUAGAGGGACAGGUAGAGGGAGAGGGACAGGGAGAGGUAGAGGGACAUGGAGAGGUAGAGGGAGAGGUAGAGGGACAGGGAGAGGGACAGGGACAGGGAGAGGAACAGGGACAGGGAGAUGGAGAGGGAGAUGGAGAGGGACAGGAAGAGGGAUAGGGAGAGGUAGAAGGAGAGGGAGAGGUAGAGGGACAGGGAGAGGGACAGGGAGAGGGACAGGGACAGGGACAGGUAGAGGGAGAGGGAGAGGGACAGGGAGAGGGAGAGGUAGAGGGACAGGGAGAGGUAGAGGUAGAGGGAGAGGUAGAGGGAGAGGUAGAGGGAGAGGUAGAGGGACAGGGAGAGGGACAGGGAGAGGGAGAGGGACAGGGAGAGGUAGAGGGAGAGGUAGAGGGAGAGGGAGAGGUAGAGGGAGAGGUAGAGGGAGAGGGACAGGGAGAGGGACAGGGAGAGGGACAGGGACAGGGAGAGGGACAGGGACAGGGAGAGGGAGAGGGACAGGGAGAGGUAGAGGGAGAGGGAGAGGGAGAGGUAGAGGGACAGGGAGAGGGACAGGGAGAGGUAGAGGGAGAGGGACAGGGAGAGGGACAGGGAGAGGUAGAGGGAGAGGGACAGGGAGAGGUAGAGGGACAGGGAGAGGGAGAGGGACAGGGACAGGGAGAGGGAGAGGUAGAGGGAGAGGGAGAGGGAGACUUAGAGGGAGAGGUAGAGGGACAGGGAGAGGGACAGGGACAGGGAGAGGGACAGGGACAGGGACAGGGAGAGGGACAGGGACAGGGAGAGGGAGAGGUAGAGGGAGAGGGGCAGGGAGAGGGAGAGGGAGAGGGACAGGGAGAGGGACAGGGAGAGGGACAGGGAGAGGGAGAGGGACAGGGAGAGGGAGAGGUAGAGGGACAGGGAGAGGUAGAGGUAGAGGGAGAGGUAGAGGGACAGGGAGAGGUAGAGGGAGAGGGGCAGGGAGAGGGAGAGGGACAGGGAGAGGGACAGGGAGAGGGACAGGGAGAGGGAGAG